UGUGAAGCACUAGAUCUAAUUCCUGCACUGCAGAUGUGUGUGUGACACCCCAGUAAAUGUGGUUCCAGCACCAGCAGCUCUAGAUGCACUUGGGAUCUUGAGAGUUGCCAGAGAGAAGCAGAGCAAGAAAUGAGGAAGGAAAGCAUGACAGAAGCAUGUACACACCGCAGGGAAGCAGCACGCAGCCACCAGAAAUGAUUCCUCCUCCUCAGCUCUCCUGCGUGUGGAAUGUUUUGGAGGUGAGCUGACUCCUGUGUGAGUCUUCAGGAAGCAGCGAUGUGGGACGGUCAGUCUGAGAUGUGUCAGGCGCACAUCCUAUUCGACUCCUUCGUUCAGGCCGCCACAUGCAAGGAGACCCUCCGAGCCUUUCAGGAUCUGUGUGAAGAGUUGAAUCUGCGUCCCGGCGGUCAACCACAGUUCUACCACACCCUGAGGAGCCGACUGCACUACUGGAAGGCCAAAGCACUGUGGGCCAAACUGGACAAAAGAGCCAGCCAGAAAGAGUACAUGAGAGGCCACGCUUGCACCAGCACCACGUGCCUGAUCAUAGGUGCAGGUCCGUGUGGGCUGAGGACGGCUAUAGAGCUGGGAUUACUGGGUGCCAGGGUGGUUCUGGUGGAAAAGCGGGAUGCUUUCUCUAGGAACAAUGUCCUGCAUCUCUGGCCCUUCACCAUCCAGGAUCUACGGGGUCUGGGAGCCAAAAAGUUUUACGGGAAAUUCUGUGCUGGUGCUAUAGAUCAUAUCAGUAUUCGUCAGUUGCAGCUGAUGCUUUUAAAGGUGGCCUUGUUAUUGGGUGUUGAAGUUCAUGUGAACGUGGAGUUCAAACAUCUACUGGAACCUCCAGAGGACCAGGAGAAACGUGUUGGUUGGCGGGCAGAGGUUCAGCCCAGCUCUCAUCCAGUCAGACAACUGGAGUUUGAUGUGGUUAUUGGGGCAGAUGGUAGAAGAAACACAUUACCAGGGUUUCGCAGGAAGGAGUUUCGCGGGAAACUGGCCAUUGCCAUCACGGCGAAUUUCAUCAAUCGCAACACCACCGCCGAGGCUAAAGUAGAGGAGAUCAGCGGUGUUGCCUUCAUUUUCAACCAGAGGUUUUUUCAGGACCUCCGGCAAGCUACUGGAAUUGAUCUGGAAAAUAUAGUAUACUAUAAAGACGACACUCACUAUUUCGUAAUGACCGCCAAAAAACAAAGUCUUCUGGAGAAAGGAGUCAUCCUGCGUGAUUAUGCUGACACUGAGAUGCUGUUGUCCAGACAUAAUGUGGACCAAAAUGCACUGCUCUCGUAUGCACGUGAAGCAGCUGAUUUCUCCACCAAUCAUCAGCUUCCGACGCUGGAUUUUGCCAUCAAUCACUAUGGGCAGUCAGAUGUGGCCAUGUUUGACUUUACCUGUAUGUACGCCUCGGAAAAUGCAGCAAUGGUUCGCCAGCGUAUGGGACAUCCACUGCUCGUCGCUCUGGUGGGAGACAGUUUACUGGAGCCGUUCUGGCCAAUGGGAACAGGGAUAGCUCGGGGCUUCCUGGCAGCGAUGGACACGGCGUGGAUGGUGCGCAGCUGGGGUCAGGGUAACACUCCUCUGGAGGUUCUGGCUGAGAGAGAGAGUGUGUAUCGGUUGCUUCCUCAGACAACACCAGAAAAUGUCAGUAAAAACUACAGCCAGUACAGCGUGGAUCCUGCUAGCCGCUAUCCCAACAUCAAUAUGCAGCUCAUCAACGCCGCUCAGGUGCGCCACCUCAUAGACACAGGUGAGGGUCCUGUUUUGGGUCUUGAUGCUGUUAGUUCUCCACACCCAAGACUUACACGGCAAGAGUCAAUGGCUCGGUACAGUAAACUGCUGAGCUGGUGUCAAGAACACACUCACGGUUACAGGAACGUGUGUGUGACGGAUUUCACCACUUCCUGGAGGAGCGGAUUGGCCCUGUGUGCUCUCAUUCACACAUUCAGGCCUGACCUCAUUGAUUUUGCAUCUCUGGAGGAGGGCGAGGCGGAGUUCAGUGGUCAGCUGGGUUUGGAUGUGGCGGAGCAGGAAUUUGGAAUUUGUCCUAUAAUGACCGGCAAGGAGAUGAGUGCGCUGGAAGAGAGUGACUCUCUCUGUAUGGUCAUGUAUCUCAGUCAGCUUCAUGAGCUCCUCAAAGACACAGCGCCACCUAGCGGAAGUCAGAGCUCAGAAGAGAAAGCGGUUUUGUUCUCCAGCAGCAGAUCACCAAUCUCACUGCUCAGCAAACUGGGACAGAGUUUGUCCCGUAAACGUAAUCCUAAGGAUAAGAAAGAGAAGGAAGCAGACAGUGUUGGAAAGAGGAGGAGAACAAGCCAGGCUGGCCAGUCAGAAGAGGAUGAUGCUCCUCACGACACCGAUGAAAAUAAGUCUCCAGCAGAAAGUCCAGGCUCAGAACCGAAGGUCUCUGAGGGUCACAGCAAGGUUCGAUCCAUGGCAUCGCUCCUGCUGGCUAAAUUUGAGGAGAGCUCGCCAUCGCCCUCAGCCACUGCAACACGCAGACAGAGCUACAUUCACAUGUAUACCGGCGGAGUGAGCUCAUUGGCUCAGCAGAUAGCCAGUCAGAUUCAAAGUCAGCAGGAUCAGGCUCCCAAGCUCCUUCACAGGAGGGAGUCGGGUUCUCAGAAGGAGUUUCCAGUAAAUGUCGGCAGCAGUGAUGUGUGUUAUUUCUGUGGCCGUCGUGUUUAUGUCAUGGAGAGACUGAGCGCAGAGGGAAAGUUCUUCCACAGGAGCUGCUUCCAAUGCGAUCACUGCAGCUCCACGAUACGCCUCUCCAACUACACUUAUGACCAGCUGCAUGGCAAGUUUUACUGUAAGCAUCACUUCAGCUUCAGACUGGCAAGUGUGGCACAGAGAAAGAGACCGGCCCCACCGGUGGCCCCUCGGCCUGCGCAGCCUUCCCUGGCUCCAUCCUCCGCCUCUACAUCUUUGUCCUCUUUGGGCUCAGUGGGCACAGCCACACCAGACAGCUGGUCCUCCAUCACCCACACCGACAUGGCGUCCAGCUUGGCCAAGAGAUUGUGCGGCACACCUGAGCGCAUUGAGCUGGAGAAUUACAAACCCUCCCCACAGAAACAAGACAGCCCCCUGCAGGAGGUACCAGAGGAAACCCUCGCACAGCACAAUCUCAGUGCUAGCCUGCAGGAUAAGAAUGCUGAAGAGCAGUCCAGUAGCUCUGAGUCAGACCUAGAGGAGGAGGAGCUUGUCUGGAAGAAGGGGGAGGGGCUACAUGCCAGAACCAAUGGAGAGAGGAAGCUUGACAUGGGGGAGGGGCUAAAGGAAGAAGAGGGAGGGGAGAAGCUGGAAAAACAAGAGGAGGAGGAAGAAGGAGAAGUUUCAGAAGAAGAGCAAGACGAGGGAGAUUCUAGUGAUGAGGGUGAGUACUGCCCUUGGGAGAGGGAACGACUCUCAGGGGUGUGGCUUGAGGAAGAGGAGGCGGGGUUUGUUAAAGAAUCUUAUGAAGGAUGCAGCGAUGACCCUGAUAUAGACGUCAGCUCACUCAAUGAGUCUAAACCAUGUGAGCAACAGGAGGAGUCUGUUCCUUUGCACCAAUCACCUGCCUCUACAGAAUCUCCAGCUUCAAUAAAACCUUCAGAAUCAGACCUCACUCCUGAUCCGUCAACAACCCCUGAGAGCUCACCUGCCAAGCGGUCAGAGGUGGUGGAGGAGUUCUGGAUGAAGAGUGCCGAGAUCAGGAAGAGUUUAGGCCUGACUCCGAUAUCUAGAGAAUUACAGCCAAAACAUACAGCAGCUUCAACUCAAACAUCUAAUGUUAAAGAAAGCUUUUACACCUCAGUUACAUAUAACACCGCUGCUUUGGAUUCUCCAAACCAAAGUGCUAGAAUCUGUGACUCCAGCACACAAACUCAUUCUGUGACAGAACUUCAAAAAACGUCCCCUCUUGGACCUACAGAAGGAGAUGCAGGCGUUGAUUUAGGCCGUUGUUCUGUAGUUCACAGACUCAGCAUCACUGUAGAAGGUUGUGUGAUGGAAGAUAACCGGGGUUUGGAUUCUACCUCGUUUGCUACUGAAAGUGUUUUAAACCCAGACGCAGGUCUUCCAACUCCACCUUAUAGUCCAUCUCACUCCCCUCUUGUUGGUAAACAGUGUCGUGCCCUUCACCAUUCUGAACCAAUCCUGGACAGAGAGGUUAUGGCUUUCUCAUCUGUCUACGCUGCUUCUGUACUACAGCGGAGCAGUUUUAAAACAGACCCCGAACAAGCUCAGAGUCUUCCACCAGAUGAAAUCGAGAUCCUGUGUGGAGAUGAGGCGGAAAAACUCCCGGAAAGAUCUGGCAGGAUGGAGACCGGAGAGGUGGACAACCGCAGACCGGAGCACAGCAGGACACUUCCAGACCGAGUGGUCGCACCGCUGCUGGCAGGGGGACCGGAGGUCAGGCUUCGCAGGUCGGAGAUGAAGUUGUGGGGUCCAGACGGGGAUGUUGAAGUGAAGGAGAAAAAGCGCAGCUCGUUGUUUUCGCCCCGUAAAAGCAGGAAGAAUGGAAAUGCAGCAGCUGAGAGCGGGCGGGAGACAGUGAAGCACAAGUCCCUUUGGAAGACUGUUUUUUCAGUGUAUAAGAAGGAUAAAAAGAGGAAGGAGGUGGCAGUGGUGGCGGAAACACUUCCUGCUGCUAAUAAUGAGAGCAAACGGAAAGUGGCGGGAAUCAACAGAACCACAGACCUGUGUUUCCGGAAGAAUCCAAGUUUCUCUGAAGAUACGGAUAUGUCCUGCCAUGCUCUUCUUGAAAGAUGUCCUCUCAGAGCUCAGAGAGCAGGAACAGAGGAGGAACUUAAUGCCAGGCUGACGCGUCGAGUGCAGAGAGCAGCGCGCAGACAGGCCAAGCAGGAGGAGCUGCGGAGGCUGCAUAGAGCUCAGAUAAUCCAGCGUCAGUUGGAGCAGGUGGAGGUGAAGCAGAGACAGUUGGAGGAGAAAGGUGUGGCUGUGGAGAAAGCACUCCGAGGAGAAGCAGUUGAGCCUUUUGAUGGUUCUCCCCGUAGAAGGCCUGUAUAUCUCUGUCCUUGCUGUUCCUCUGAAGCCAAAGCUAAAGGAACCGAACACGAUCAUUCGGUUUAUGUCUGUACAGUCUUUUUCCUGUACGUAGUGCAAGAGCCUCCACUUCACCAACUGCGAAUGGGAAAGAAAGACGAUCCAAGCUUAAUGCAUCAGUGGUUCAAGCUGGUACAGGAGAAGAAUGCUCUUGUGCGUUAUGAAUCUGAGCUCAUGAUAUUCGCUCGUGAACUGGAGCUGGAGGACAGACAGAGUCGCCUGCAGCAGGAGCUGAGAGAGCGCAUGGCGGUGGACGACCAUCUAAAAGAAGAGGAGGAGCUGGCGGAGGAGAGGCGUAUAUUGAGCGAAAUGCUGGAUGUGGUGGAGCAGAGGGAUGCGCUGGUGGCCCUCUUGGAGGAGCAGCGGGUCCGAGAAAAAGAGGAGGACAGUGACCUGGAGGCUGUGAUGCUGUCUAAGGGCUUCAGUCUGCACUGGGACUGACCCAAACAUGCACGAACCAUAUCACACCGCUUUAAGGGCUAAUAAGCAGCUGCUGUUUACAUUGGUCCAAACUACAAAAUGACCCAAAACUUGCAUUCUGGGGCAUUUUGUGCAACUACAUAAGGGUUUAAAUGAUAAAAACCAGGGUCUAAGCCUGAGGAGGACUGGUUGUUGAUUGAUUAGGAAGAAUGGGGUUGUUUUGCUGCCAAAUAAUGCUCUGCUAUAUGCUUCUAUGCAAAGGAUCAUCUCUUUGUUUGCUCAUUUGUCUUAUUUCAGACGGUCAGAUAGCAUUAAGGUACACGUCAUUUCAUAAUGUUCUGACUUGACAGAAAUGAAUAUGAUAUGCAGUAUAUAACCACAUAGUCAAUGUACAGUGCAGAUUGACGCAUGCAAACUUAGGUACACAAAAUGAGGCCCGUUGGAGCUGAUUUACAACUGUUUCUGUUGUCUAACUCGUAUAAGCUGAAUUCACACACUAUUGACAAUUCUCAGUUUAAAAAACACAUUAAUUUAUUGUCUGAAGUGUCUUUUUUAAGCUAUUUUGAUUUGUUCAGGAUAUUUUGUGAUAUUCUGACCAUUUAUUUCACUUUAUUUGUUAUGUUUCAUCAUGUAACACUUUAUUGCUAAUAAACUACUUUUCAUUUGAAAGAAAA